AUGAUGCGCGCUAACGCUGUAAGCGACAGUUGGAUCACCGCCCCGGCGAUACGAAAUCUAGACGUUUUCGUACCGGUAGACUCUAGUGAACGAGAGAUGUCGGCUUCGUCGUCACACGUUGACUCGCCUGACCAGUUCGCUCUUAUCGCGCAGUCAUUGAAGUCUCAGCAACGUCGAACGGUAUCGGACGCGGUCGGAAACCAUUUUAUCGAACCUCUUUACAACACGAUUUACGCCGAGGACGACAUGAAUCAAGUUGCCGAUCUUGCUCCGGGAUCUUCUGGUCCGGCCUCUGACCCGGCCCCGGGCCAGGGUAGAGAUACGAUGAGUUCUGCGAUGAGUGGUGUUCGCCGCGCUCUUGAAGAGCAGGGCCGAAAAUUCGAUGCGCAAGACGUCUACCCGACAAAGGCUUGCUUGUUUGUUGGAAACCUGCUCUUCGCUGCCACGGACCGACAGCUUGAGAUCGCUUUGCGAAAGGUUUUUGCUCAAUGGGGCACUCCGUUCAUCAAAAUCAAGCGCCCUUCGGGGCCCGACAAGAAUCCAUAUGCCUUCGCUCAGUUUUGUAAAGUCGAGGAAUCCGAGAAGGCAGCAGUGAACGCUAAGGGCAUUCCCGUUUUCGGACGGCCCAUUCGCAUCGAACGCUCGAAUAGCAAAUUGUUUUGGUUUGUAUACCGGGAGGACGGCGCCUUCAUCACGGUUGAUGAGGUUGAGAUGGCCAUCCGGGGUCUUGGAAACGCCAGCGUUGAGGUUGCUCCCAGCACAUUAGCCAGGAAGUUUGAUCGCGGAUAUGGAAUCAAGGUUCAAUUUGAGCAGUGGGAUGAACACCGCGAUUUGAGUCGCACGUUUCAACGUCCCUGGGUCGCUAAGCACUAUGACGAAGCGGCCUUGGACCGCCAGGCCCGGCGUCUUCAUGGACGAGGAAACGGUGGCGGAAUGCCAAAUGGUACUGUGACCACGCACCAGAUGCAUCAAGCCUGCCGUUCGGUUUACUGCGGCAACCUCCCCCGGGACGUGACUGAGGCCGAAAUCCGAGCGCUUUUCAACCCGGUGACGAAUCAUGUCCAGAGCAUUAGAAUCGUCCGCAAGGAGCGUGGCUCCUACGCUUUUGUCGAGUUGCCCAAUCAUGAGAUGUGUAAUCAGGCUUGUUCCGCUCUGAACGGCUUGAGACUUCGAGGAUUGAACGUCAAGGUUGAGCCGAGGAGGUUCGUUGGUGGUCAGCCCCGGGCGAAUGUGUCUAAUCAGAGUGUGGCGUCUGGAAACCAGAGCCGGCAGGCUGCUUCUGCGCCCGUUCCUCCCCAUCGCCGCGGCGCUAAUGGAGCCAUCUCUGCAUCAGUCCAGCCUGCACCGCAUCAGCCCGAGCCCGUGAACAAGCCCCCGGUAGUUGAACCCCAACCGGACCACGUCGCUUCUGCGCAAGAGGGCAUCAAUGGACAAAUUAAUGCACAGGUGCGGCAGCUAGUUGCUUUGCGUCAGGGUUCGGGGACCAGCACUUACUCUCCCCAGUUCUCUCUCGACAACCACGGCUAUGGUGCUCCCCGGCAACUGAUGCAGGCACCGCAGCGCCCUUUGUUCAUUUCUGGACCUCCUGCGCAUGGAGGCAACGUCGAUGCUAGCCUCACACACUUGGCUGCUUCUGCGGCUCAGGGUGCUGCCGCCGCAAGCAUGUUGCCCGGCUUCCCCAAUGUUGGCGCUCCUAUUAGUCUUGCCCACCAAGUUCAGCCUCACGUCCCUUGGCAAUUCGCGUAUUUAACGACCGCUACCGGGCAGACUCUCCUUGUUCGGGUGCCUCUCACCCUCGGCGAAGCCAAGCCCACUCAGCAGUGA